GGAGGAAUGCUGAUGUGUUGCCGUCGUGUAACCUAUUCUUUCAGCAAUCAUGUCGGAAGCAGACAUUGUUCAAUUAGUAUGUGGCAAUGGAGGAGCGAUGGAGUAUGAUCUACUGUUGGAGCUUGCCAUUGGAUUUCCUGACAUUGACAGCUGCUCUAAAUUUGACUCGCUUCUCCGGAAUGAAGAACACUUCUUUCUGACCGAGAGGGCAGGUGUCAAACGAAUCCUCGCCAAAACAAGUCUUCGGUUGUGUAAAGUCGCGGACUGCGAUGGCUGCAAUGAACUUCAUCUUUGUAAGUUUUAUGUUCACGGAGAAUGCAACACAAAUGGGUGUUCUUAUGGGCACGAUUUAAACUCCGACCACAAUGCAGAAGUUCUAUCAGACCAUCGGCUGCAGAAGUUCAGCAGAGCUGAGAUCAGACAGCUAUUGUUGCAGAAUGACACCCCACACACCUUACUUCCACCUAUUUGUUCCAAGUACAACCGUGGUGACAGCGAUUAUGGUCAAUGCGAGGACAAGGACGAAUGCAAGAGGCUGCACGUCUGCGAGGGCUUCAUGCGACACACCUGCGAUGGUGACACCUGCUGGCGAUCACAUGACCUGUUCGAGCCUCAGCCAACCAGGGCGCUCUGUCGGCGGGGCGUGCUGACCCAACAGGUGGGCUCGAUGCACUCGGUGUACCACCACAUCCUGCUGCUCAGGGGGCGUCGCCAAGGAGACCCAGCGGGAAGCGGAGCUGGUACUGUUGCCGGUGGCGACCCUGCUGCUGUUGCUAAGCGCAGAGGUCGGCGUGCCAGAGGGCGGGGCAGAGGACGCGGCUCCAGUGACAAGGACGCGGAGCAAGGUGGCACAGUGGGCGCAGAGGUGGCUGACAUCUGCACUAGCCCGUUCUACACCAUCUAUCCGUUAGAGGUGGCUGAAAUCUGCCUGUCCUUCAUCAAAGGCUUUUGCAAAUAUGAGAGUAAGUCGCGUGCUGCCUCUGGUUGA